AUGCCAGGAUCAGAAUCUAAAAGAAACAUAGUUCCUGAUGUGAAAAAUCAGGUAGAAAUACAAGUGGGACUAGUAGGGGACGCUCAGGUAGGGAAAACUUCCCUAAUGGUGAAAUAUGUCCAAAAUAUAUUUGAUGAGGAAUAUACUCAAACAUUGGGUGUGAAUUUUUUGAAACGCAAGAUAAAUCUACGAUCUACAGAUAUAGUAUUUUCUCUAAUGGACCUUGGAGGACAAAGAGAAUUCAUUAAUAUGUUGCCACUGGCUUCCGUAGGAUCAUCUGCAAUUAUCUUCUUAUUCGAUCUGACAAGACCUGAAACUUUGGACUCUGUAAAAGAAUGGUACAGACAAGUGUAUGGUUUGAAUAAUCUAGCAAUUCCUAUAUUGGUAGGAACCAAGUAUGACUUAUUUAUAGAUAUGGAUAAAGAAUACCAAAAACAGAUUAGUAAUACUGUCCUUGAGUAUGCACAGGUUAUGAAUGCUCCAAUAGUCUUUUCUUCUACAGCCAAAUCAAUUAAUAUUCAAAAAAUCUUUAAAAUUGCAUUAUCAAAAAUCUUUAAUCUUACAUUAACAAUACCUGAAAUUACACGAACUGGAGACCCUUUACUAAUAUAUAGAAAAUUUGGAAACCAAAAUCGUAAACCAACAAAAGUCAUGACGUCACCCGCAUUCUCAUCCCAAACAUCAUCAACAUCAACAUCACAAGUAAAAGCGAAAGAGACAACAGCUACUUAA